GCAACGUACCCAAAACACCUAGGCUGGGCCCGGCCACCGGCUCGCUGACCUGCUAGCGGUGACCCACCUGGGCAUGACACAGAAGCAGACAGGCCCAGCUCGCCAUGGCCGGGAAAAGACUCGCCGAGACGGCCCGGACCGAGGAGGAGGAGGAGGAGCCCGCGCGCCUGCGCAGUAGCGGAGACGAACGGGGGCCGGUGCGCCUGCGGAACGCGGAGGAUCCGCCUCGCGGGGCCGCGGGGCCGGGCUCCCGCCGGGGCUCCCUGCUCGGGCCUGUCCCGGCCCCGUCCCGCCGCCCCUCGCUGGCUGCCGCCCUGGGGCCCGGACCGCGGCGCUCCUCGCUCGCGGGCGCCCGUCCCAGGCGGGCCCCGGCGCCGGGCCCGGGGGCGUGGCUGGGGCCCGGCCCCGCCCCCGGGGCGCGCUGGGAGGCGGAGCUCGUGCGGCGCGCCUUGGAGGCGGCGCUGACCGGCGCCCUGACUGGCGCGCGCUACCCGGCGGGCGGAGCCGGGGCGCUGGCACGCGGCCUCUGCGAGCUGGUGCGCAAGCGCGUGCGCGAGCUGCUGCCGCCGCGCUACAAGCUGGUGUGCUCGGUGGUGGUCGGGCAGCGCGCGGGCCAGGGCGUGCUGGUGGCCAGCCGCGCGCUCUGGGACCCCGCCAGCGACGGCCACGCGUCCGCGUGCGCGUGCGCGGCCUCGCUCUUCGCCGUGGCCGUGGUGCACGGGCUCUACUCCGAGUGA